UUUCUAGUCAUUGAUCUGUUUUAUUUACAGAUUGUAGAGUAUGCUACGUAAAGAUCCACCAGCACCUAGGUUUAAAUUAUUUGAGCGUUUUAAAAAGUUUACCAGAGAACAUCCAUAUCUAUACUUAAUUUAUGUGACAUCAAUAACAUUUUGCAUAGUCACUUUCUACAAUCAUCCAGGAAAACAGGCUUAUGGAUAUGAUAGGGCAAGAAGGAGGGAGCUUAAAAUGAAGAAUUUAAAGGAGUAAAGUGAUUAGUCAUCAGAUCAACAUGUAACUGUAAUAUGUCAUCUAUAAAAGUUACAAAAGACUCAUCUGCCAUAGUUCAGAGGUCAAGGUUACUGGGUUUCAGAGAAUCUGUAGCAAAUUUUCUGCAGUUAACAAGGUCGUGUCAUACACCUAGGGGUAAAAUGAUAGUUCUACAGAACACAAGUGGAGGCUGUUUGACCUUGACAUCAUCUUCAAGAAGGUUGCUCCAAUGUUUAUCUGUAAAGAAGCCUGUCAUUCAGUUGCUUGUUUCAGCUACUCAAGGUCACCUGAGUGCUUUCAGUGAUGCUGGUCUUUUUCUUUCUUCUUUUGCUGCAGAUCUUGUUAUAAGAUCUAUUGAUUGUUGUCAAAGUGAAAAAAUUUUGGCUGAAGUUUACGAGCUAUUUUUGACAUUAUCUUUAGAUUACUUGAAUAGUGACGACUGUGGAUUUAAAUAUCCCGCAAUAAUCUCUGAUUUAAGUUUCAUGAAAAUAUUUGUGAGAAGUAUAUUAGGAACUAAACAAUUACCUCAGUGGAAUGGAAUCAAACUCGGACAUAUUUCAAAUAUAAUUAUAGAAACAUUUCUUCAGUGUGUUACAGAUGGCAGUAGAAGCUUACACGUGAGUGACAAUAUUUGUGUGAUGGCAAGUCUAGGACUUGAUGUGUUAAAUAGCUACAAUGUAUCUGGUGUUUUGUUACCAGCACCAGAAAUGUCAAAGUUCAAGGCGAGACCUCUGAAGCCUAAAAGAGUUAACCUGCAUAGUAACAACAGUAUUAAAGUUGCAUUAAUAACAACAUCUAUGUCUGGUGAUUUAGACGAGUUAGCUGGGGUUAGAUAUGAAGUGAGUCAAAAUAUUCCAACAGAUGGCAUUAUUAUAGAUGAUUUAUCAAAUAUUUGUGAUACAAUGGUCCAGUUUGAUGUUGGACUGGUUUUAUGUCAGCGUGUUAUGCAUCCAAAACUAAAACACAGUCUACAUAAGUCAGGAUUAAUUGUAGUUGACAGAAUUGGACUUCAGUUAGUGAAAUAUAUCAUAAAUCUAACAGGAUGUGUUCCAAUCCAGUGUGCUGAAAUCUCCUUGUCAGAAAAUAUAUUUGGUUAUAUAGAUGAUGUACAGCAUGUUAUUGUGAACAAACUAAGUUAUUUACACCUGACAAGGGCAGACAAUCCUGUAUCAACCCUAAUGUUAUAUCAUCAUCAGGAAGAACCUCUGAAUGAGCUGAAGGAUGUUUGUUUAACCAGCUUGGACAGUUUACAGCAACUUGUAUAUGACCCAACUGUACUUGCAGGAGCAGGAUGCUGGCAGGUUGGUCUAGCUAAUUAUCUUACUGGAAAGAUUGAAGAUAAAGGUGUUGAACUUAGUGAGGAAUUAGAAUGUCUAGUGAUAACACUACAACAAGCUUGUACAUUGUUUGUGCAAGCUUUACUAUCAGCAUCUCUAACAGAUGUAAAUAACUAUUCUGUUAGCAGAAAUAGUGGUCAUGUGUUUAGAUCUAGUGAUGUAACUAAAGACAGUAACAAACUUGGUAAUGACAAUAAACGAUGCUCUUGUGGUAUAUAUAAAGCUAAAGCAAAUGAAAAUCUACUACAGUUGACAGAAAAUGACAGUUUCUAUUUGACUAGAAAAAAUGGUACCUUAAACUGUGAAAAAUGUCCACUUACAGAUGCUAUAGAGGAAUGUGAUGAAGUGGUGAUUGACAGCUUUACAGUUGGCAUAAAUGCCUUACAGACUGCAGUUUUGACUGCAUGCUCAGUGCUGAAAAUUGGACAAGUUGUUGAAAAUUUGUGAUGUACUAAUUGAUAUGAAUUGCCUGUGUACUUUGAAUUCUAAGACAAAUUUAUACUCUUGUUUGUUACAAAUGUAGCAGGUUUCUCAGAUAUUAUUGUUUUCCUCUCUGUUUACAUGAUGUAGAUAUUACACAUAUUCUAUUUGAAAUCAGAGCAAUGAAAGUCCAUUUUAAGCUAGAUUUUUCUUUUUUAAAAAAGAGCUAUUGCUACAGUCAUGGUGUUGUUACCAUCAGAAAACUUUAGUGUUAGUCAUAUUUUUUUAUUUCUCAAUGGAUUGCCUAUAUACUUUGACACAACAACACUUUGGACAAGACCUUUAAGUUGACCAGACUGGACCUGAACUUUACUCUUAAAUGACCUUGACCUUCAAGGUCAAAUGUUUUAAUUUUGCUUGAUUUUAGCUAUAAUUGGCUAUAACAUUGUUAUUUAUGAAUUGAUUAUUAACAGUCCUUGGGGCAAGACCUGUAAAGUAGACCAAAUUGAUUUUGACCUUUACUCACCAAUGACCUUGAUCUUGAAGGUCAAUUUAUUAAAGUUUGCUUGAUUUUUGCUAUAGUUGGUUAUAACUUAUUAUUGUUAUUUAUAAACAAAUUGUCAUCCUACUUGAGCACAACUACCCUACGGACAAUGUCUUUAAAAAGAUCUAAUUCAAUUUGACCUAGACCUAUAAAUAACAUUCACAUUGAAGGUCACAUUAUUGUAAUUUUACUUUUUUCUGUAAUUGGCUAUAACAUUGUAAAUGAUAAAUGUAUUGUCAUACUUGUGCACAACAAUCCUUUGGACAAGACAUCAAAGAAGAUUUAUGUACUUUACCAUAAUUUGAUCUUGACGCUUACAGUCAAAUUAGAAAAUUGUGCUACAAUUGGCCAUAACUUUAUUUAUAUAUAGAUUUUA